AUGUCCGCGGACGAUCAGGCGUUCUUAGACGUGCUAUCGUCCCUACCGAACGAUAUCCGAAAAUACUCGGGCAAUGUGGCCGACUACGUAGAUAAACAUGUCGAACAAAUAGCAGAAACACUCCGAGAUACUAUCGCCAAUUCGCAAUGGGUGCCCGAGCAGUUCCGCCCACGGCCGACCCCUCCGCCGUCAGUCAUAACCGUGCCGGCAUCCGCCCUCGAAAGGGUCCAGAACUGGAUCUCCAGAAACAGGGUCUUGGUCGGUUUUGUCGUCGUGACUACCGGCUUCAUUGCCUACCGGACAUACAAGACUACGGCGCGGUGGUCAAAAACUAGGCGCGCUAGGCGCUCCCGCAGUGGUGGCCGGAUGGAUGUGGUGGUUAUCGCUGGUUCCCCGGCGCUGCCCUUGACGAGGUCGCUGUCGUUAGACCUAGAGCGCAAAGGAUUCGUUGUCUUCGUCGUAGCCAACAGCCAUGAGGAUGAGAUUAUGAUUCAGCACCUAGCGCGACCAGACAUCCGGCCUUUGAGCAUCGAUAUCACCGAUCCCCCGAGUACCGGUACCUCCAUCGACACCUUCGCCCGCUACCUCCAGUCUACUCACGCCGCCAUCCCCAACGGCAAGCGGCACCAUCUAUUGCUCAAGGCUGUCAUCCUCAUCCCGUCGCUCAAUUACCAGACCUCGCCCAUCGCGACCAUCCCGCCGUCGAGCUUCGCCGACCUCUUCAACACCCACCUCCUCCAGCCGAUCCUCACUAUCCAAGCCUUCCUCCCCCUUCUCACCGCGCGCCUCAGCCCACCGUCGGACAAGGAACGGCCGAGCCCCAAAGUCCUCGUCUUCACGCCGUCCAUCAUCUCAUCCAUCAACCCACCCUUCCACGCUCCCGAAGCGACCAUCUGCUCCGCCCUCUCGGCCUUCACCGAAGUGCUGACGGGCGAGCUUCGGCCACUCGGAAUCCCCGUAACGCACAUGCAGCUGGGCACGUUUGACUUUGCGGGCUUCACGCCGGCGGCAAAUUCCCGCCUGCUUCAGCCCCACGGGUUGCUCACGGCGCCAGAAGAUGCCGAGGCAUUGCCCUGGCCCGACUCGGCGCGGCACGCGUACGGGAAGAAUUUUGUCUCGCAGUCCGGGUCGGCCAUUGGCGCUGGGCGGAUACGGGGGAUGCGGGGCAGCUCGUUGAAGGAGCUACAUAAUGCCGUGUUUGACGUCAUUGAUGGGUCGCUCACGAACGGGACGGUGCAGGUCGGGUUGGGGGCCAACAUAUACGGGUUUGUCGGCCGGUGGGUGCCGAAGGGAUUGGUGUCAUGGAUGAUGGGGAUCAGACGCGUGAAAGAGCUGGCAACAUGGCAGGGCAACGGGUCGUCCACGUUCGGCAGCCCCAAGUCGGCAAGGAGCGAUGAAGCAGGGAGCGAUUCGUUUGUUGCGGUGCCGCCUUUGGAGCAAGUCGGGGACUCAAAUGUCUGGAGGAGGACUGAUUGA